GCCGGUGCUGACUCCUGGGCGUGCAGCUCGCUCAGUCGCUCUCGGCUCCUGCCGCCGCGCAGCCGGCACAGCCCAGGGGAGCCCGAGAGCCGGAGAGCCCGCGAGCCGCGGAGGGAGGGAGCAAAAGAAGGGAGGGAGCGAGGGCGCGCCCGGCUCUCCGUCUGCCCUGCCGCCCGCCCUUCCUGCAGCCACAGCUUAUCUUUUCCAGGCACCCUGGAGUCCCCUAAGGCCAGUCCGGCGGGCGCGCACCUGCCAGCCGCCCCUGACCUCUCAGGCCAGGCGGCCCCCGAGCCUGAGAAGAUGGCCCAGUCCAAGACCGAGUGCCGCUCACCUGUCGGCCUCGACUGCUGCAACUGCUGCCUGGACCUGGCCCACCGGAGCGGGCUCCAGCGAGACAGCGGCGGGGAGAACAACAACCCGGGCAGCCCGACCGUGAGCAACUUUCGGCAGCUGCAGGAGAAGCUGGUCUUUGAGAACCUCAAUACUGACAAGCUCAACAGCAUAAUGCGGCAGGAUUCGCUGGAGCCAGUGCUGCGGGACCCCUGCUACCUGAUCAACGAGGGCAUUUGCAACCGCAACAUCGACCAGACCAUGCUCUCUAUCCUGCUCUUCUUCCACAGUGCCUCCGGAGCCAGCGUGGUGGCCAUAGACAACAAGAUCGAGCAGGCCAUGGAUCUGGUGAAGAACCACCUGAUGUAUGCCGUGAGGGAGGAGGUGGAGAUCCUGAAGGAGCAGAUCCGGGAGCUGGUGGAGAAGAACUCCCAGCUGGAGCGUGAGAACACCCUCCUGAAGACCCUGGCGAGCCCAGAGCAGCUGGAGAAGUUCCAGUCCCGUCUGAGCCCUGAAGAGCCAGCUCCCGAAGCCCCACAAGCACCUGAGGCCCCUGGUGGUUCUGCGGUGUAAGUGGCUCUGUCCUCAGGGUGGGCAGAGCCACUAAACUUGUUCUACCUAGUUCUUUCCAGUUUGUUUUUGGCUCCCCAAGCGUCAUCUCACGUGGAGAACUUUACACCUAGCAUAGCUGGUGCCAAGAGAUGUCCCAAGGACAUGGCCACCUGGGUCCACUCCAGUGACAGACCCCUGACAAAGAGCAGGUCCCUGGAGGCUGAGUUGCAUGGGGCCUAAUGACCCCAAGCCAGUGAGCCUCUAAUGCUACUGCAUCCUGGGGGCCCCCAGGGCCUAAGCAACUUAGCUGUAGCUGGCAAAGGAGAAAGGUAGUUUGAGAUGUGAAGCCAGCUUGCUCCAGAAAGUAUAAGGGGUCUGUUUCUCAUUUCCAUGGACAUCUUCAACAGCUUCACCUGACAACGACUGUUCCUAUGAAGAAGCCACUUGUGUUUUAAGCAGAGGCAACCUCACUCUUCUCCCCUACCUCGCUAAGGCAGGGGGCACAGAUGGGAGGGAUUGAGCCACGUCAGCCUUCUGUUGGUUAAUAUGGUAUAAUGCAUGGCUUUGUGCACAGCCCAGUGUGGGAUUACAGCUUUGGGAUGACCGCUUUCAAAGUUCUGUUUGGUUAGUAUUGGCAUAGUUUUUCUAUAUAGCCAUAAAUGCGUAUAUAUACCCAUAGGGCUAGAUCUGUAUCUUAGUGUAGUGAUGUAUACAUAUACACAUACACCUACAUGUUGAAGGGCCUAACCAGCUUUGGGAGUAUUGACUGGCCCCUUAUCUCUUAAGGCUAAUUCUUUGUGUUCAUUUACCAGAUUGAUCCAGUUUGUCCUUUAGGUUAAGUAAGACUCAAGAGUAAAGGCAGAGAGGGGGGCCAGCCUCUGGAAGCGGCCACAGAUGCCUUGCUGCUGCAACCCUUUCCCCCACUGUCCCCUGAAGACACAUGAAGUCCUCUUUUGAAUGCCAAACCCACCAUUCACUGGUGCUGACUACAUAGAAUGGGGUUGAGAGAAGAUUAGCUUGGACUUCACAGUGUCGUUUGAGAACUUUUUUUUACAUUCUUGUUGAAAACUUUCAAGUAAACAGAACGAUGGUGUCCUACCGUGGACGAGGGAUGAACAAGGGAAUGGCUUUGAUCCGAUGGAGCCUGGGACGUGCGCCCAGGGAGCUUGUCUCUGGGGGAGGUUCUGUGAUAGUGAACAGUUUCCACUUUCUGACACCUUAUCCUGUUGUGUGUCUCCAGGAUUUGGAUUUGGAUUUUUCAGAUGUAGCUUGAAAUUUCAAUAAACUUUGCUCUUUUUUU